AGAGAUCCUGCCCAUCCGCCUGCUCAGCGUCGCAUCAUGAGCCACUUCGGAGACUCAGCGCACGAGGCUAGGGGCGCUGACUGGUUCCGCCGCCUGAAAGAACCAGCAGACUUAUAAGCCACAGCGUCCUCCACGGAGCUUCUGGGAGUGCAUUCCCGCGCUGUCAGGCUCCAUACCAACUUUAAGUUCAAGUUUUUGACCAUCUUUCAUCCUUUGCCUGCUGCUGUGACAGUCGCCGAUAUGACAUUCACCAUCAUCCUCUUUGUCACCAGGAAACCAAACCUCUCGCCAGAGGAGUUCAAGGACCACUACGAGAGCGUGCACAUCCCACUAGCACAACGUCUCUGCGCGGGAAACUGGCCAUUCAAGUUUACACGACAAUAUCUGGCUCGCAUCACGCGUAAAGGUUUCGGUGGGCCAGCGAACCCUGACAGGCCUCCACUCCUCUUGCGGGGCGAUGCUCAGGACAUCGAUUACGACUGCGUGUCUGAGAUGACCUUCGAGAAUGAGAACGCUUUUCAAGCGUUCUACAAGAGAGUCUAUGAGAAAGAUGUUGCGGCAAAGCUUGCCGCGGACGAGACGAUAUUCCUGGAGCUGGGGAAAACAAGAGUCGUUGUGGUCGGCGAGACUAUCUCCACCGAGCAUGGCGUGACCAGGACCGUCAAGAAUUGCACACGCACCAACGACACCUCGGACAGUGAAGGCAGCACGAGUGAACAGAGCUGAAACGAUCAAGAGUUGGCAUGGCGUUUGAUGGCUCUUGUUCUGGCGUUUGGAUUGGUGUUCAGUCACCAUUACCGAGGAGGAUUCUUAUGUAACCCUCGAUGCUCGGUGCUUGAUGCUCGGUUACCAUGGCACUUCAUUGGUGUACGCAACAUCGGUCAAAGAUAAUGGAGUUCAGCUCAGCUUCUUCGGAAUGAAACUGGGGAUUGUCUGCUGGAGCUUGCCAACAAGAUAGAUGGCGUCAUUCGGAUAUGUUAUCCGCUAGAGGUGAUUAUAUCCCGGGUUUCAUGGAGCACGCUCCGCUGCACCGUGAGCGAUGGACUUCGGCGUACUUUUGCUUCUUUCGCUCGUGUUGGUCG